UUAACAGUCUGUACAGCAAACAUUUUACAGACUGUCUUGCUUCAGGUUUUCUGAACAAAGAAAUGGCUUUUGGAUUACAUUUGAGCAUUCUAUUGCUCUCUCUGAUAACCUUUGAACAGCUUGCAACAGGAAAUAUCUUAAGAUAUGCAAGUAGAAAUCUUGGCCCUUCAACUCGAGCUGAGAUUCUGCGCCACUCUUACCGACCUGUCCCAUCCAGUUAUGAAGGCUCUCUACUGCCAAGACGUUCUGUGUCUAGCUCAACUUUCUUUGGAGAUUUAUCCACUGAGGCGUCCAAACCAUGGGGUUCAGUUCCUAGGCAAGGUCAACGUGGUUAUGGCAGGCAAGUAAGUAGUUACAGUCAACCAGGAAGUGCAUCUAUCUACUGGGCUGCCUCAGCUCCAACUUGGCAGCAACAGCCACAAGGUGGCCUGCUACAUAGGGAUCCAGGAAUGAAGGACCCUUCAUUUCAAGGGGUGAGCCACUAUGGCUCCAGUGUUGUCUCCAGUGGUGCAAUUGAGAUUCAUGCACCAGCUCAGCUGCAGCCCAGAUCACCUGGCACUGGCAUACAGUUGACUCCAGAAUCUGCUUCCCAACCACCCAAUCAACAUCCUGCGUUCUCUGCACCUGCUGUACUCCAAACCAACGUGGGCACGUGGGACACUGUUAAGCUUCCGAGUGCAAAGGGUCCACAACCUGCGUCCCGACCACCCAAUCAACAUCCUGCAUUCUCUGCACCUGCCGUACUCCAGACCAAAACAGGCAUGUGGCACAAUGUCAAUUUUCCAAGCACAAGGUCCGAAUUCACUGUUAGACAACAUCAACAUUCUUUGCCGGUGCCUGCUAUACUGAAAACCAAUCCUGGCCAAUUGGGCAUCUAUACUUCUAGUGUAUAUGCUCCAGAGUCAACUGCCCAGCAACACCAAAAGUCCUUUGCUUUUACAGCACCCGCAGUACUGCAAACCAGAAGUGUGUGGGAUAGUGUGCCUUCCUCGGACUCCAACCAACGAAUUGGUGCUAACGACAGGAGCUCUAGACCAGUAUCCUAAAGAGAUGCAAUCAGGCUGUCAUACCACACAACAGCAGGCAAGGUUGCUGGGCUCUCUGGUCUCCAGUGUUUCUCAGAACAAGGAUCUUUUUCAAGAUGACAGUGCAAAUCUACAAAUGAAGCCUGGGUCAAGAAACUCGAGACCAGUUAAUGUGGAAAUUGUCUACAACUGUCAAACAGAAACGGGCUCUGAGAU